AUGCAGCCCGGCAUCGCCAGAUUAGGAUCUCAUCGCCGUGGCCCCCGGCAGCGGCUGCUUCCGCAGCGCCUUCGGAAGUGCCAGCCGGGGCGCUUUCGAGCUCGCUCGGCGGAGUUCCGCGGCUGCCCGCUGGCACGCAGCAUCUUUCGGCCGGCGCCCCUCCGAUCGCUGAUGCGGCGCGGCGGCGCCGGCUUGCGCGAUGGCGUUGGCUACAACGCUGCCAUCAGCGCGUGUGGGAGAGGCAGGCAGUGGCAGCAGGCACUGUCACUGCUCGGCCACUUCGGCGAGGCGAGAGUCGAAGCGGACGUCGUGAGCUACGGCGCCGCGAUCAGCGCGUGCGAGAAGUGCGGCCGGUGGCAGCAGGCGCUGCUCCUGCUCGGCGAGUUGUGGCGGGCGGCGCUCGAUCGGAGCACCAUCUGCCACUCUGCCGCGGUCAGCGCGUGCGCCAGGUCGGGCGAGUGGCAGCAGGCCUUGUUGCUGCUCGGCGGGGCGUGGCGGGGCGGGCUGCAGCUGGACGUCGUCAGCUACAACGCCGCGGUCAGCGCCUGCGCGAGAGGCGGGCGCUGGCAGCAGGCGCAGCAGCUGCUGGGCGAACUGAGGCGUGAGGGGCUCGAGCCGGACGUCGUCAGCUACAACGCCGCCAUCAGCGCGUGCGAGAAAGGUGGGCAGUGGCAGGAGGGGCUGUCGCUGCUCCGGGAGCUGCCGCGCACGACCCUCGAGCCCAUUUCGGGGAUCCAGGGCCAGGUGCUGCAGGCUGGGAAAAGCUUCCAGGGCUUGCACAACGCCCAUGCCGACGCCGCGAAGACUACGGAGAAUGUCGCACAUCCUUGUGCUGUCCAGGAACAGGCCUUCUUGCAGGCCACGCAGGAUCGUGCGUCUGCUGAGAAGGAAAUGAAGAAGGAGGUGAUGGGUGUCAUUGAGACGAUGAAACAGGAACCAGCGGCGGAAGCACAGGCCCGACGGCGCGUCGCGCGGGCGCCGGCGCGCCGCCUGGCGUUUGCAAGGCCGCCCGCGAGCGGGGGCGCCGCGCUUCCCGUUGGCCGCGGGAUCAGCGCAGCAGCGAUGGGGCGCUACGGCGGCGACGUCCUGGACAGCGCGGGCAUGGCGGAGAAGCGGGGGCUCUUUCAGUUCAUGCGCGGGCGCGCGCUGAAUCAGAGCCAGCUUCGCAGCCGUGGGAUAUUCGUGGACUUGAGGCCGUUGUCGGAGGCCACUAAGUAUCGCGUCUUGGUCAUGUGCGCGGCGACUGCUCAGGCCGCGCGCGAUCUGGAGUUGUGCAGCGGCGUCCUCGCGCGCAGGGUGAGACUUGAGCAGGUGCUGGCGUUCGUCAGCCAGCCGCUCGCCGCCACGGACUCGUGGAUCAUGGGCGAAGCGGGGCUCAGGGUCUGCAUGCCGCACAGGCGCAAACGAGAGCAGCGAUGCGCAGUGCUCAGGCACCUGGAGAAGAUGACUCUGCGUUUGGUUACGGCUGGUACAGUCGGGGUCCUGAAGAAGGACCGUGGCCCGUGGUCGCGCGCCUACCUGUGCACUUACAAGAAGUCGGACACCGCGAAGCACCACUUCAUCCUGUGCUCCGAAAAGUGCGAGGCGAAGUUCGAGAAGGAGUGCCUCCGCUGCGCGGAGGCCAACCUCGAGGUGAAAGUCUUCAGGAAGAUACAGCAGCGGGCAAAGGCAAGGAACUACUUCUGCCCAAAGUGUUUCUACGAACUGAAAGAGGUCGACGUGCCGGAGACCCACGAGCCCGCAGUCGAUUCUGUAACGUGCGCCUAUGAGGAAGAGCCCGCGAACGCCAAUGCGCCCAAGGCUCCGAUCACCGAGAUGAUCACAGGCAUGGAGGAUCUCGGCGAAGACCAGUUCGUUGUGCACAAGAAGGGCGAGGAGGAGGAGGUCGACAUGCGGCCCAGCAAGAAAGCGAGCAAAGCAAACAAGAAGAAGGCGAUGCAGAUGCAGAACCAGGAUGAGAAGUCGACGAAUCUUGCGAGGUUGCUGUUCCGGGACCCCAAUGACAACCGAGUGGUCUCCGAGGAGGGUGAGAUUUUUGAUCGCGAUAAGCACAGAUUGAGCGACAAGCUUGACGACAAGGCUGGUGCGGGCUCCGUCGGCGGCGCGUGGUCCGCCGGGGCGCCAGCAGCCGAGAGGCUGGUGGCGCCGCCGCCGGCGGUGCCGAUCGGCGCGGACGUGUGGCCGGGCCGCGCGGCCGCGGAGGCCGCCGCGGCGGAGCGGCUGCUGAUGCCCGCCGCGGCCGCGACCAGCGGGCGCUCGACCGCCGUGGCGACCUCGGCGCUGGCGGCGGCCGCGGCAGGCAGCACGGCCGCCCCCGGCGCGGCCGCCGGCAGGAGGCUCGGGGCGGCUCAGGCCGCCGGGCGGCCGGCCGCGUUCGCGGCCGCGCCGGCCGCCGCGCAGCCGCAGCAGCCAGCCGAGGACGCCGGCGCCGGAGCCGCCCGCGCGUUCAUGCGGCGCAUGGACCGCCCGAGCCCGGAGGACGCGCAGGUUGCAAUUCCGUCGUCAUCCUCUGGAGGGGCUGGAUCGACACAACUUUCUCCUCCUGCUGGUGAAGACAUACACGUGGCGCCAAAGGAGGUUGGCGUGGACGGACUUCCUCCCGGCUGGAAGGCUGCGUGGGACCCUUCCAGCAAAGAUUAUUACUACUACAGCACAACUGGGGAGGUCACGUGGGACCGGCCUCGUCCUGAACCCACGGUGGCAGCCGAACCGGCAGCCUACAGCUCACCUGCUGCGCCGACGCCACAAGCCGCAGCCGUCCACGGUGCUGGUCUUGCCAGAUCCAGCGUCCAUGGAGCAGAUAGGUGCACUCCAGACCCUUCUCCUGAGCGCGAUUUGCGUAUCGAAGCUUCCAUCGCUCCUGACCGAGUCGACGCAGUGACCAGUGCCACCGGUGCAGGAGCGGCGGGCGCCGCGGAGAACCACCCCAUCCACCUCGCGACCAGCUCGUGGGCGCCCCGCGCCGGGGACACGAACUGCAUACAGCUCACGCACGGCGAGCGCGUCAGGCUGCAGAAGGAAACAGGCGGCUGGGCCUACGCCAGCGUGGUGCCCGAGGAGGGCGAGCGACCCCGCACAGGCCACGUGCCGCGCUGGGCGCUCAGCGACGAGGCCGUGGGGCCCCCGGAGAGGUUCGAGCCGGGCGCGCUGUGCAAGGCUCGGGGGGGCAGAUAACGCAGGCACCUAGUGAGGGCUACUUGUGGACGGAGAUGGGCGAGGCCUUGAUUGCACGGUAUCAGGUGCCGCCCUACGUCUGGGUCUUCGCAGAGUCCAGAUGGGAUUCCCGAAGAACAGGCUGGGUUCCUGGCAGCACACUACAACCGAUGGCCGCUGGGCCGCCGCAGGUGCCUGCUGCUGCUGUGGAGGAUGAUAACGCCUCAAAGGCCGAAUGGGGGGGGCACGAAACCUCGAGCUGGCAGUGUCUGCGCACACAGACUCGCGCAUGUCCGACUCUCCGCGCCGAGGGCCACCAGCGCACGCCCGCACGCGCAUUCGGUUGUGUGUCACGCGCGCUCCGUCCGCAAACAUCUGCGUCAGUGGUUGCGUGUUCGGGUGGACGUGUAAUCUUUCCGCAUGUUGAGUUUAUCGCGGCUGCCGUGUAGCGCAAGUCUCUUGCUUAGCACACGUAUGCUUAUAGUUACCCGUUAGCACAUUGCGGGGAUGGUUGAGUUGAGCCGUUUGCAUUCGAUCUGGCACGGGGAUCCGAUUGAUUUUGUUGGAGCAUAUGACGGCCGGUUGUGGCACACAUGAAUUAAUCAGCUCGGGCUGCGCAGAGGCAUAACAUGCUCGUUUCGGUUCGUCUAUCUCAGGAUCGGGCAGGGGCUAGUGUGAUGUUUCUGGGCAUGAUUGUAGGCAUCAUGGUGUCGUGCUUUCUUUGCUGACCCAAGGCGGUUGCAUAUCCACGCCCUCUUCGAGCAUAGAUGGUGCGCGCUUGCUGCAGCAUCAUGUGCUCUUUCAGAGCUUCACGUGAUCACAGCGACUCCAUUUUGGGGCUUGCUGCUGGUGAACACUUGAUUGGCGCCCGCUCCCUGUGUCCAACGUGCGAUUUGCUGCUACAUGUCUCUUCUGCCACCCCUGACAGAACUAGUUCCUUAUAUGAUCGUUAUGUUCGAGUUUUCCCUCUUCCUACAUGACGUAGGCCGAUAUGCGCGCAGCAUGUCAUGAGGUGAAGGAGAUGCAAUACGCGGGGCAAAGUGUUAAGUAGAAAGGAUGUCGCAUCAACACGCUCAAUGUUUCAUAAGAGCUGAAACAGUCCCUUGCGUUCACCACAGGAAGAACCUAAGCGUAGUUCGGGUAACAUAUUCACGCCCCAACCCCUCCCCUCCAGCCUUCGAAUCAGCCGCACAUGUGCUUGUGGGCACGUGUGUGCAUGUGGAUGGUUCCUUCCUUUCGUCUCUUGCAUAGUUCCACAAUUGUACUGCAGCGCUCCAUCGUUGUUCAUCGCUCGGAUGCGCACAACGACCUGCCGACGAAACAUAUGCAUGGCGCACGAGUGCUGCAUCACUCACGGCACGGACAUGGCCUCCAAAAGCGUUCUUAUGUUUCGAGAUUUGCGCGCAGCGUCUGUAUAUUAUCCUCUCUUUAGUUCGUCCCCUCCCUUUGUCUCUGGGUCAACCAAGUUGAUAUGACGGCUGUUCUUCCUCGGCUCACCUCGUGUCUUUCGGCCCACAUGCUGCGCCCCGCCGGCAUCUUGUCACAAUUGUGUUCUUGCAGUGGGAUGUGAUGACGGCGUUGACGUCAUCGUGCCAGGUGCUUUGAAGCCGACCGCGGGUCAGUACCCAAACGCUGAUGAUGACCCAGAGUUGGAUCGUGUUUGCGUCUUCGUGCCGAUAAAGAAGUGUUUGCCUGCCUCUUCCAAUGGAAGCAACAAAGCUAUUUUUAAUACAGGAUGAUAGCGGGUACAGCCGACCAAGAGUGACACGUGAGGAACAAACGAGAGAACGAGAAGGUACGUCGAGGUGAGGCAGGGACAUUGCCAGCAGAAGAGAGUAAGGGCAAAGGUGCAGAGCAUCUACUUCUUGUCCCUUGUGCCCGUCCCCCCCCUACUCCGUCUCCCUCCCUCCUCCUCCC